GCUCUUUAAACUUGGUUGUAUUGCGUAGGUUCUGUGCUUCUAGAAGAGGUCUGUCUCUUUUGCCCACAAUAUGGAAACCGGAUUCUUAGUUUUCUGGAUCGCUUUGGAAAUUUUGUUAGCAAAUUUCUCGCUUUCCUCUGACUCUGGAGCUCGAUACUGCAAUGGAAAAAACUCUUUUAACCAAGACAUCAAAUUCGAGGAAGAGUUGAGAGAUUUAUAUGAGCCGGGUGAAAAUCUGAAUUGUUCUUGCAAAUCCAAGCCAGGAGAAAAGGCUUUAUUGACGUGCAAUGAUGAUGGAAAAUGGUACCCAUCAGAACCAUUGAAAAAGGGGAAUCAAAUCGGAUUUUUUGACUGCUUGUCCUGCGAGCGAGUCAACUGCAUUACAGAUUUCAUUAUCUUUUCACACUGCACCGUUAUUAGCAACAUCAGCAAUAAUGUGAAAACGGAGUGCAAGUGCAAAAAUGAUAGAGAAAAAGUAAGGAUGGAAUGCUUAUUGUUAGUAAAAGAAAAUGAAACGAUACUGAAACAAAUUGAUACUGAUAAAUGCGAUGCGAGAAAUCAAACAUUUCUGAAGCCUUUAACAACAACAACAAUCAAAGCUCCGAUUGCGAUCACCGAACUGGUCAGAAUGGAACGUUGAACGAUGAUCACAAAGAAGAGGGUUUGUUUUUAUCAAUCAUAAUAGCUGGUGUAAGCGCAACUAUAUUAUUGGUCACACUUGUCAUCACUCUAAUCAUCUGCUUUGUGCGCGCACGAAAUGUCCAGGAAAAUGCCAAUUUUACUAUUGAUAAUAUGAAUGUUGCAAAAAAUCCAGUCAAAUUUUAAUGCAUUUACUUUAUUUUGUGAAAAAUGAAAUAAAAUAAUUAUUUCUACAAAACCAGAUUAGUUUACCAAACAUAAUGCGAUGGCAUUUCAUGCACAAACAAAUGUCGCUACUAUUUAUAGUUCUUAAAAUCAUCCACCUGUGUAAGUGUGUAGUUGGCGUUUUAUUUCUUUAAUUUUUAGCUUUAUCGACAUUAGCCUUCAUCAAUAAUUUUAAAAUAGUUAAAACUACCAAGCUAUCAAAUAAUUUUAUAUUAUAAGUGAGCUGAUAUUACUAUGGGAAAAGAUUAAACUUGUUUGCAAACAAAUUAAGAAACAUCAAAUUAGCAAAAUGUACCAUUCUCCCAUAAAUUGGUUUGAA